GUCAGCUCUCCUUAAGUUGGCAAUAUGGAAUCUCCGCCGACAUUAAAAAAGGAAGCCUGUUCCUCAGCUAGCAUUGACCGGCUCAAGAACUUGAAUAGAAAAACUGUUAAUGUUAUAGCCUCAAGACUGUACUUUUAUUACUCAUAUAGCUAUGAGCUUACUGGAGAUCUUGCUGAAAUUCAUGGAAACCUCUUUCAGUUGCACAGGAUUGCUACCCUACGCCAUGAUGAACUUGGUCAAGAAACACUUCUUAAUCUGUUACUACGUAACUACCUCCACUAUAACCUAUAUGAUCAAGCAGAGAAGCUGAGGUCUAAGGCUCCGCGAUUUGAGGCACAUUCAAACCAACAGUUUUGUCGCUAUCUCUUCUACCUUGGGAAAAUUUGGACUAUUCAGUUGGAGUAUACCGAUGAAAAGGAGUCUCUCGUGCAAGCUGCUCGUAAAACACCAGUUACAACACAGGGUUUUCGAAUUCAGUGUAACAAGGGGGCCAUUAUAGUUCAUUUACUAUUAGGAGAAAUUCCUGAGAGGACUAUCUUCGUGCAGAAAGGAAUGGAGAAAGCUUUGAGGCCAUACUUUGAACUUACCAAUGAUGUGAGGAUUGGUGAUUCAGAGCUAUUUCAGAAUGUUGCAGAGAAGUAUGCUACCACUUUCAAGACAGACUGGACCAAUAAUUUGAUUGUUCGACUGCGUCAUAAUGUUAUUAGGACUGGUUUGUGCAACAUCAGUAUAUCAUAUUCUCGCAUCUCGCUGGCUGAUGUAGCUCAGAAGUUGAGGUUGAGCUCUGCAGAUCCCAUUGCUGAUGCAGAAAGCAUUAUGUCAAAGGUUACCGUAGUGAAUCCAAGUUAA